UUCUCUCUCCUGUCACUUUUCUACAGUAGCCGCGCCACCAGCGCCUGUUUACAUAGCCUAUGCAGAAUAGAACAUUCAGCGGCUCUCGGGUCGCUUUGGAGUGUAGGCCUAUAUUUUGGUUGUGUGCGUAGGUUCGUGUUUGUUGGUUGCGACGCCUUUAAGAAUAUCUCGCGACUGACCAUUGUCCCGGUGACGUGUUCCUCGGUGGCCGACGGUCGCGCGGGGCGUAGCUGCUGUUGCUGGCGCUUUCAAACGCGCGAGACAUGGCGAAUUGACAGAUAAACAAGAAGACAGCUGGCCGCGCGCGUUGUUCAAAUGACACCUACUGAGUCUCGACCGACAACACAGAUGCGCGAGGAGCUGUGUAACUGGAUCAGAUUUCGAACCUCGCAACUGCCAGACAAGGAUCUGCGUGCGCUGUGAUGGUGAGACCCUCGCCAAGGCUCGCGCCGUGCCUCCCCGAAGCCCCAUCUCUCCUCUUCUCUCCCCGCCGACAGUCUCCUGGUUAUUAUCCUUGACCCGCGAGCUGUCACGAGUCUCCUUCAGCGCCCAGUUGGAAUCUCGGCUGGAAUUCUGACGUCAGCUGAUCGGGUGGAAACAUAAACCACACACACACACACACACACACACACACACACACACACACACACACACACACACACACACACACACACACACACACACAGUGAAAACAGAUGAGUCAAGAUGAAUGCAGUAGAGCAGCUAGAUCUGGAGGUCAUGACCCCGCUGAUGGAGGCAGGGCCAGAUGACAACUCUGAUGAGGAGGCGGAGCCCAGAGCUGAAGCAGCCAAUGGGGAGCAGGGGAUCACGUUUGUGCAGACCCUUCUUCACCUGCUGAAGGGGAACAUCGGGACCGGUCUGCUGGGACUCCCACUGGCACUGAAGAACGCCGGCAUAGUGCUGGGUCCGCUGUGUCUGGUCGUCAUGGGGCUGGUGUGUGUGCACUGUAUGCACAUACUGGUCAACUGCAGUCACCAACUCAGUGACAGGAUGAAGAGGUCUCCUCUUGGUUACAGCGACACAGUGGCUGUUGCUAUGGAGAAUAGCUCCUCCCUCCUGAUCAGGAAAGGAGCCUCCUAUGGCAGGGUGCUGGUGAGCUUCUUCCUGGUCCUGACCCAGUUGGGAUUCUGCAGCGUCUACUUUGUCUUCUUGGCAGAAAACAUCAAACAGGUGGUGGAGGGUAACCGUGGUAACGGUGGUGAGGAUGCAGGACUUGACGUGCGCGUGUACAUGGUCCUCCUACUGUGUCCACUAGUGAUGAUGUCAUGGAUACGCGACCUGCGCCACAUGGCCGUCCUCUCCGCACUCGCCAAUAUUGCCAUGGCCAUCAGCCUGGUCCUCAUAUUCACCUACAUCUCAACGGGGUUUGGUGAUCCUAGUCGGUUGCCGUUGGUCUCCAGUUUGAAGAGAUUCCCUUUCUUCUUUGGGACGGCAAUCUUCGCCUUCGAAGGAAUCGGAGUGGUGCUUCCUCUAGAAAAUCAGAUGCGUGAGCCCGCUCGCUUCCCACUGGCUCUCAACGUGGGGAUGGGCGUGGUCAUCCUGCUCUACGUCUCCUUGGGGACGCUCGGAUACCUCCAUUUUGGAGACGACAUCAAGGGAUCAAUAACCUUAAACCUGCCGCAUCACAGCUGGUCUAACCAGCUGGUGAAGGUGCUGUAUAGUCUGGGUGUGUGUGUGAGCUUUGUGGUGCAAUUCUUUGUGCCGGCGGAAAUCCUGCUCCCGCCCCUCCUUGCUCACGUGACGGACAAGUGGAAGCAAACAAUAGAAUUCCUCCUACGAGCCCUGCUAGUUUGCGUCACAUGUGUGAUGGCCAUCCUGGUUCCUCGUCUGGAUCUAGUGAUUUCAUUGGUCGGCGCCGUCAGCAGUUCUGCGCUGGCAUUGGUGUUUCCUCCUCUCGUCGAGCUCCUCCUCCUCUCCUCGGCGACGCCCCUUUCUCUCUCCCUCUCUCCUCCUUCUCCUCUAUCCCUCUCCCCUUCUCCUCUCUCCCACUCCUCCUCCCCUCAUCAUCAUCAUCAUCAUCCCUCGCUUCCUCUCUCCGUGCUGCUGAAGGACGUUGCUAUAGUAACGCUUGGCAUUCUGGGAUUUCUGACGGGCACCUAUGUCACGCUGGAGGAGAUUUUUGUCCCCGGCGACCAGAGCCCCAUCGCACAUCCCUAUGACAACCAGACCAGCUGGACGACCACGCCCCCCACCACGCCAGCAGCACUGCUCAACAGCACACACACACUCAGACUAUAACACACAUGCACACACACACACACACACUCGGACUGUAAACACACACACACACACACACACACACACACACACUUAAUUACUUUAUUUGGGAGGACCAAUACACACACACACACACACACACCCCAGCACUACUCAGCACAACAUAAACACACACAUAGAAGCGUGCCAGGGGGCAUACAUACGUGUAUAUCUAAACUCUUCCCAACUCUGAAGUAUGUCCUCAAAUAGUCCUGAAAGAGUCGUCAGUCAGUUCACCAAGUCCGAGUGUUGUCACAAUCAUGUGCCUGCUAUGUGGAACCUGUGAUGGGUGAAAGUUGUCCCCCAUGUCAAAAUGGCGGUGCUGUGCCCUGCCGUGGCCUAGCGAUGGGGCACUCGUCUACUGUGUGGCCGGCCCAGGUUCGAUUCCCGGCCCGAGUCCUUUGCCGGCCCUUCCCCGUCUCUCUCUCCCAACUCGCUUCCUGUCACCGUCUUCACUGUACUGUCGUGGAUAAAGUCAAAACGAUUUUAAAAAAAUGGCGGUGCUGGCGGCCGGCCACGCAAUGUCACGUGAAAAGUGUAAAUAAAGGGGGAGUGAUGCCAAAACAUUGGGGUUUAAGGACACUUCACCUCCCCACCACAUUCUACAGCGAGAGACAAGUAGAAUACAAGUAUGUGUCCAAUUUUUUUGUAUCUUUUCAAUUGCGCCUCCUCCACGUCUUCCUUCAUGUCAACAUGGUGGAAUGUUGACAUUCAAGCAAAAAUUUCCCGGGUGUCCGACUUAGUAAAGUUAACAUUCCAAAUGUAUGAGGAGCCUUUGCCCACCAAUCACUCGGAGAAUAAUGGAUGAAAUCAUGUUUCUGACUGUGAAAUCAGAAGUCGACCAACGUGAAACAAAGGUAGAGCUAGAACACAAACACACAUGCCGUUCCUCUUAGCGACCAAACCUCUACACACACACACACACACACACACACACACACACACCACAACUCAACUCAACUCAAAUAAACUAUACUCGCACAUACACACAUUCAAAAGCGCACACGCACAAACAUUCCAUGGACUGCUUAAAUUAACUCUUUAUAGGGAUGGACACACACACAGACACACACAAAUCUGCACAUUCCAUGGACUUUGUAAAUGAACUUAUUAUGCUCUCUCUCUCUCUCUCUCUCUCUCUCUCUCUCUCUCUCUCUCUCUCUCUCUCUCUCUCUCUCACACACACACAUACACACACAUAAACCAGCACAUUCCAUAGACUUCUUGAACAAACUCAAACUAGAGGACACACACACACACUUCUUAAAUGAACUCUUUUUUAGGGGCUUCUGUUGAGUCUCUGCUUUGUAAUACUGUUAGAGUCCUAAGUUAUUAAUAAAUUAAUUUGAAUCAUG